UGGCCGUGUCGUCUGUUCGGUUGAAAUAACUACCUGUCCGCGCUGCAUCCUUCCAACCCUUUUUGAGCAACGUAAUCUACAUUGAGCUGAGAGUAAAACGCCGUCUUUUCUACCUUCUCAGCUUUACUCCGAAUAUGUGUGUUUCGAGAAGCCACGGGCUGCAAAACGCUUGUGUAUAGUGAGAGCAGCCUUUUAGUUCGGACGGUCGGUACACAGGAAAAGUUUGAUUGCCGUUUGUGCUGGUUAUAUCUGUAAAAUGUUGUCUUCAAAUUGCAUCCUACUAAGGCGAAUAUAAUGUCCGAAUCGUACCCACUUCAUGAGUGCGUUUUCAAGGGUGACACCAGAAGAUUGUCCAGACUUCUCCGAUCGCACGAGCCUUCGGAAAAAGAUAAACAUGGCAACACACCACUGCAUCUUGCGGUUAUGCUAGGCAGAAAAGAAUGUACCUAUCUUUUACUUGCCCAUGGUGCGCCAGUUAAAGUAAAAAAUCAACAAGGAUGGUCACCCUUGGCCGAAGCCAUCUCCUAUGGAGACCGUCAAAUAAUAUGUUCCUUACUGAAAAAGCUAAAACAGCAAGCCCGCGAACAGAUGGAGCAACGGAGGCCCAAUCUGGUCAGAGCAUUGAAGCAGAUGGGUGAUUUUUACAUGGAGCUUAAGUGGGACUUUCACUCAUGGGUGCCACUGAUCUCGCGCAUCCUCCCGUCUGAUGUGUGCAAGAUUCACAAAUCUGGCUGUUCUAUCCGACUCGAUACCACGCUAGUAGAUUUUUCCGAUAUGCGCUGGGAGCGGGGAGACAUUUCGUUCAUCUUCCGUGGCGAAAAUCCUCCUAAGGACUCGCUAACGGCUCUUGACAACGAGUGCCGCUGCUAUCAGCACGUUCGGCACGAGGAAACCGAACUAGAGAUUGAAGACGAAGUGGAUAUUCUGAUGUCGAGUGACAUACUCGCAGCACAGAUGUCAACCAAAAGUAUUAGUUUUACGAAAGCACAAUCUGGCUGGAUAUUUCGGGAGGACAAGAAGGAAACAGUAGCCGGGCAGUAUGACAGUGAUCUCUACACCAUCAAUGGACUGACGCUGGAACAGCGGAAACGACGAGAACAUUUAUCGAGGGAUGAUCUACAAAAGAACAAAGCAUUGAUGGAAUCGCUAACAAAAGGUGGCCAAGCCCAGCCCGGUAUUGACCAGAACGGGGAAAUUAUUCGAAGAGCCUCACUGCAACCCCCGCCCAGCAACGGUUGCAACUGGGAGGACUACAUUGCAGCUAAACCGGGACAGUACCCCAACUUGGGACGUGAACUAGUGUAUAAGGAAUCGAGUAAAAAUUUCAGAGCAACAGUUGCUAUGAGCAAAGAUUUUCCUCUCAGUGUGGACAUGCUGCUGAACGUACUGGAAGUGAUCGCCCCCUUCAAGCACUUCAGUAAACUGCGGGAGUUCGUAACGUUAAAACUGCCCAGUGGAUUUCCGGUGAAGAUUGACAUCCCAAUUCUGCCAACAGUAUCGGCAAAGAUUACUUUUCAGAAGUUCGAAUUCCGCAACGACAUCUCGCCGGAUCUGUUCGUCAUCCCGGAUUCCUACAAGGAGGAUAGUAUGAGAUUUCUUAUCUAUUUUAUAGAUUUCCUGAUUUAUGACCUUUCGAUUUCCAAUACGUAAGCAGUGGAAAUUCAACGGUAGAGUCCUCAACCUUGGCUGUUGUAAUUUUUCUGGUUGGAUUUGAAAACCAAGUAUUUUGGAAUACAACAUCCAUCGUGUCCGUCACAACCAUUAUCGUAGUCAGCGCUUCGAUCCAUAACAUAUCCAUUUUCAUACAUUCUAUCAUAACUAAACAACAGAUAUCAACAAUAGUCCUAGCGACGCAGUGAAGAAUUUUACACCGACCCAACACUUUUACACAACCUAAUUGGAAAUUUUCCAGCCUAAGUCUAUUUGUUUUUAUACACACUCUCUUUGAGCACGGGCUCUACACAACUCGUACCCAUCCCACUGAGCUCAUGACUGAACCACGAUACCAAACUCUUCAAAACAACAUCUAACAUAAGGAAGAUAAACCUCUAGACAUGGAAAAGUCAAACAGCUAAUAGAGCAUGGGGAAUUCGCCCAAUAUUUCCUCGUUGAGUUUAUUUAGUCAGUUAUCUGAUGAAACAGGUAAAAACGUAUUUCAUUCCAUUCAAGUUUAUAAUCUAAGAAUCUGCUAUUUCCUGUGCGCUAAAACAAACCUCACUUCGGUAGAAAACAAUUGAACUUGAUGUAGAAAUGACAUAUUGAACGCUAACUGACGAAUUUAAGCAUUCUGACAAAUCGGUAACAUUUUGUCUCACACAAAUCCUUUUCUAUAAAAACUAUGGCAAUCAUAAAAUCGCUUACUAGAAACACCUUUACUCAAAAUUCGCAAAACUGUACUAUCAAUCUUAAUGUUACUGUUGCCAUUUUAAAUUUAUUAAAUUGCAUCCGCUUGUUUCUAGAUUGUUUUGAUUGAAAAAUUACUUAAACCGUAACAUGUUCUUCUCAGACAUUGCUGAAUUGUAGCGCUUUCUAUGAAAUCGAAUCAGAGCCGUAACCAAAAAGCCAUCCGCCCUUAGUCAUUGCAUGCAAACAAAUAGCUUUUUCUGAUGAGAAUCCGAUCAACAACUUGCUGUUUCCGGUGUAAUCACAGGUUCGGAUCAUAUUCGAAAAAAAAUGCAACGUGUUUGAUGAACCAGGCAAUGAAUAUUGUACUGAAAAAAUAAAUAAACGAAACUGAUCGUUUCACUAUAUUAUAUGCAGGCAUGUGAUUCGAGACUCUCGCCUCAAGCGGCAGCCAACUGCCAAGUGUGAAGUUACUCUAGUUGACAUAUAUGUAUACAGUUAGGAAUACCUUAGUCGCAGAAAUAGUCAAUCGGAGCAGUCGAUCGGGCCUAGGCUCAGCUUGAAACUGCAAUAAAAUAGCCGUUAUGUUCAUGUUCCCUGAUAUGCGAAAAAACGAACAUUGAAUUCCGAUGCUCCUAUCUCCCUAUGUUUGUUCGAAACGCUAGUAAAUAGUAUUUAAACAAUUGUCUACAGUUUUACAAAUUGUGAAAUAAAAGGACGUGUUUCAAACUAAA